UUUUUUUUUUUUUUUUUAACUUCUAGCAGAAGUGCGGAUGUGAGUUGCAUAUUGAUACGGAACAGGCCGCCACUUUUCUGUUUUAGCAAUGCGGGCUUAGGCGAUGAUCAUUUUGUGGAGCUAUGAAUCCCGAGGAGCAGACGGUAACGUGGUUGAUAUCGUUAGGAGUGCUCAGCUCGCCCAAAAAGAACAUAGCGGACCCGGAGGAGUUUCUGAAAACAUCACUCAAGGAUGGGGUCGUUCUGUGCAAGCUCACGGAGAGACUCAUACCUGGCUUCACGCCCAAGUAUUCCCAGGAUCCAAGAACAGACGCUGACUGUAUCUCCAACAUCAAAGAGUUUUUAAGAGGAUGCUCGUCGUUGAAAGUGGAGGGGUUUGAACCAGAGUGGUUGUACACUGGAGAGAAUUUUGGCAAGGUCCUGAAUACGCUGCUGGCAUUCAACUUUGCCACGCAAGAUUGUGCUGUGGAGCGAUGUCCUCAGUCCGGUUCGUCCUCUCCUAAUCAGACGACGUCUUCACACGCGCUGUCCUCCACCAGAUCCAAAGGGUCUCUGCGCAGACAAUCUAAAUCAGUGGAAAUGUCUGAAAACGGCGGCGGCGGGCAGGUGAUGGUGAAGGCCCGCUUCAACUUCAAGCAGAACAACGAGGACGAGCUGUCCUUCAGCAAAGGUGAAGUGAUCAUCGUCACGCGGCAGGAGGACGGCGGGUGGUGGGAGGGGACGCUCAACGGCAAGACGGGCUGGUUCCCUAGCAACUACGUUCGAGAGAUCAAACCAUGCGAAAAACCACUAUCUCCUAAAGGAAUUCCUCUGACCAAGAACUAUUUCAGUGUGGUGGUUCAGGACAUCUUGGAUCAUGAGCGGGAGUUUGUUAAAGAGUUACAAACUGUGCUCACUUGUUACCUCCGACCCCUGCAAGCUAGCGACAAGUUAAGUAGUGGAGACAGCGCCACCUUGUGUGGGAACCUGGAGGAGAUCCUCACCUUCCAGCAGGGACUGUGUUCAGCUUUGGAGGACUGCACCAAAGUCGCAGAGGGGCAACAGAGAGUGGCAGGAUGCUAUUUAAAUCUCAUGAGUCAGAUCAAGAGUCUGUACCUGAAUUACUGUUCGAGCCAUCCAUCAGCCGUCUGCAUCCUCACUGAUCACAGUGAUGAACUGGGUAAGUUCAUUGAGAGCCAGGGAGCAAGCCCUUCAGGCAUCCUGACCCUGACCACCAGCCUCAGUAAGCCCUUCAUAAGGCUCGACAAAUACCCAACACUGCUGCAGGAGCUGGAGAGACACGUGGAGGAAGCUCAUCCAGACUAUGGGGACAUCAUAAAAGCAACAGCUGCGUUUAAGAGUCUAGUGUCCCAGUGUCAAGACCUAAGGAAGCGCAAGAACCUGGAGCUGCAGAUCCUGUCAGAACCAGUGCGGGGCUGGGAGGGAGACAGCAUGAAGAGCCUGGGACAAGUGGCCUACACGUCACAGGUCCAUGUGAGAAACGGGGCCAGUGAGGAAAAAGAGGAGCGCUACCUUAUGCUUUUCCCAAACGUCCUACUUAUGCUGUCUGCUAGUCCCCGGAUGAGUGGCUUUAUUUAUCAGGGAAAGCUGUCGCUAACAGGCACCACGGUAACGAGACAAGUAGAAGAUGGAGAAAACGCUCCUUAUGCAUUUGACAUCACAGGAGGCAUGGUUGAUCGCUUUUCAGUGUUCUGCAGCAGUCCUCAAGAGUUGCAAGAGUGGCUGGAGCACCUGCAGCCUUACACCAAAUCAGGAAGUCCUACAGGCAUCAUUUCAAAGACUGUAGACGGGAAGCCGCUGAGCUCAGUCGGGACUCCCACACACCUUCCCCACCUGGGUGGUCCGAGCGCCGUCAGCCGGGGUCCCCUGGAGCCGCCAAAGACCAGCAAGCCGUGGACCCUCAGCUGCCUGCGUCCCGCUCCGCCUCUUAAGCCUUCUGCUGCGCUGGGCUACAAAGAGAGGAUGUCUUAUAUCAUGAAGGACUCCAGUAAGAGCCCAAGGCCGAUAAAAAAGUUCCUGCCAGGCAACAGGAAGAAAGACCGCAAGCCCUCUGAUGACGAGUUUCAGAUAAGGAAAAGCACAGCUGCUCUGGAGGAAGACGCUCAGAUACUUCGAGUGAUUGAGGCUUAUUGCACCGGAGCCAGCCUGCACCAAACCACCACAGCGGUACGGAAAGAGUGUGUCCCUCAGGUUCUCCUGCCUGAAGAAGAGAAAAUAAUCGUGGAGGAAAUUAAGAGCAACGGACAGACAGUCACUGAGGAAAAGAGCCUGGUUGACGCAGUUUAUGCUUUAAAGGACGAGGUGCAUGAGUUAAAAAAGGAGAACAAGUGGAUGAAGCAGUUUCUGGAGGAGGAGCAGAAGUCUCGCAAGGAGCUGGAAAGAUUGGUGAGAAAGCUGAGCAAGCAGAAGAACGACUGCGGCUGGGAGGACAGCAGCCAUUAGGACAGUGGACCGUCCUCACAGCUCACCUCUUCGGCCCGGAAGCUCCCGUUUGCAGGAGCGGACUCGCAGCGGGGCAGGUUUCUGUGUGCUUAUGCGUUUAUUUUUCUAUGCGUGUCUUCCGUCUUCACAUUUCAGUCGCACAUAAACGUGGAGCUCAGUCGCCCGGAGCUUGGUUUGACAGCUCGACGGAGUCGGAUCCGUCUCAUCGGAAGACCCAAACGAGCAUGCUUACUGCCGAACCGCUCGGCUAAUCCUCUGUGUUUCAAGCAAUCUCCCCCAUUUGGACUGUAAGAUCCGACCUGCUAGUGGAAGAAUUUUGG